UAAAACACCACCACUAACCACCAUCUCCUCUCGUCUUCACCACUACAACAUGGCUAAAUACUCCUCCUUCACAACCACCCUUCUACCGCUAGAUGCCGUCUUGACGGUUCUACUACUUGUAGCUGUGCCAAGUGCUCAUGGAGCUCGAGCUUUCUUAGUGUUUGGUGACUCGUUGGUUGAUAAUGGCAACAACAACUACCUCCUCACCAGCGCCCGGGCUGACUCCCCACCCUAUGGCAUUGAUUACCCGACACAUCGACCCACGGGCCGGUUCUCCAAUGGACUGAACAUUCCUGACCUUAUUAGUCAAAAGCUUGGGGCUGAACCCACUUUGCCGUACUUAAGCCCGGAGUUGAACGGAAACAAACUAUUGGUCGGGGCAAACUUCGCUUCGGCUGGGGUCGGAAUACUCAACGACACCGGUCUCCAGUUUGCAAGUAUUAUAAGGAUACCUCAACAACUAAGAAAUUUUCAACGGUACCAAUCUAGAGUAAGUGCAUUUAUUGGACCGGACCGGACCCAACAGCUCGUGAACCAGGCUUUGGUUCUCAUCACACUAGGCGGCAAUGACUAUGUUAACAACUACUUCUUGGCACCGGUUACCGCAAGAAGGCUACAAUACACCAUUCCUCGGUUUACCGAAUACAUUAUUUCUGAGUACCGCAAGAUCCUUAUGGAAUUAUUUAACUUAGGAGCUAGACGGAUCCUUGUGACAGGAUCCGGGCCGUUGGGCUGUGUUCCAUCCCAACUAGCCGCUAGGGCAGCAAACGGGCAAUGUGCAUACGAGCCACAACAGGCUGCAGCUUUAUUCAACCCCCAACUAGUGGAAAUGAUCCAAAGUCUCAACCAAGAGCUCGGGUCUGACCACUUUAUCGCGGUCAAUGCAAUGCAUAUGCAAAAUGACUUCAUCAAUAAUCCUAGAGCCUUUGGUUUUGUAACAUCAAAAGUGGCAUGUUGCGGACAAGGACCAUAUAAUGGGGUUGGAAUUUGUAACCCGACUUCGAAUCUUUGUGCCAAUAGAGAUGCCUAUGUGUUCUGGGAUCCGUUUCAUCCAACCGAGCGUGCAAACAAGAUCAUCGUCGAAACAAUUUACACGGGUUCAGAGAAGUACAUGCAUCCGAUGAACCUAAGCACCAUCAUGGCCUUGGACUCCAUGGUUUAACUCAUCAAGCCUAAUUAGUUAUAUCUAAUAAUUUUUAUUUAUCUAAUUAUGUGCCCUAAACUCCUAAUUAAUAUGUUGGGAAAGUCUAAUUGUGGUUGUUAAGUAAUUGUAUUGAAUCUUCCUAAUGAAGUAAUGAGGAACAUAUUCAUUUAUGAAGGAACA